AUGAGCAUAAUAUUCAGAACCGUCUUAAACUUCGGAUUGGGUCAGGAAGCAGUUGUAGAAGGCGGGAAGAUCAUUCGCAACCAAACUGAUGGGUAUGUAAUCAGAGGAGGUAAAGUUUCUGGCACGGCUCCUAAUGCAAUAGCUUCAGUGCAGAGUCUGUUGAAUCAAAAUACUCAGAAACUGAUUACCAACAUUUUGGAAAAUUCUACGAAGUUUUUGCAGGAACACGGAAAGGAGCUCACGCCUAAACAAUUGAAUGAGACUUCAACAAGCGUUCUAAACGUGAUUGGCUCCCUUACACAGACAAUACAUACUACUUUCGAAAACCCGCUGACGGCUGAUUUAAAGAAAAAUCUCGAAGAAGAAGAUUUGAAUUUUGACGAAAUUUUUAACAUCCUGCCUGAAGACGCACGUGACAUUCGAUACGUAGAAAGCUACUCCGAUGAAGAGUGGGCGGCUGAAGCAACCAAAUUAGUACAAACAAACCUUGGCAAGAGAAUGGCAGCCCAAAUGCAAUCGCUAAUGCAUACUCUUGAAGAUGCUUAUGCCAACCAAGCUAUUGAAAACAAUAAUUUGCCGUACAGACAUUCGGUCAGCGAGGGUGGGAAUACAAUUGUGAUUUCGGUUGGAAAGGCAAGUGAUCUACUCCGUAAGAAAUACUACUGCGGUGAUUGGAAGGUAAAGUUUCCUCCAACAACUGCGGAUUUGAACACCAACCUCACGGACGACGACAUUUUCCGCAUCGGCAUAUGGUGCUACGACAAAAAUCCGUACGUCUACGCCGAGAAUUUCGACGCACUCAUUACUUCAGGUGCACUUGAAGUACAUUUGAAAGACUUGGAGGGACAUAUCUUCCCAGUGGAGAAUGCCCGAAAAACCAUAAACAUUACUAAAAGGGAUCCAGCACUUGCCUCGCCUUUCUCGACCACCAUAUACAAACCUUUUGAAAGCUACCAGAUCUUGGACAUCCAUACAUUCCAAACCAUCGCAUGGAACGUCUCCAUUUUCAUUGAGAUUCGCCCAACGAUGGUACAAGAUUUCGAUAACAAAGAGGCGUAUGUCUUCCUCAGCUACCAAAGAUUACCGGGUCCCCUCUCCCACGAUCACAGUUUCAUGUACCACUUGGACUACAUUGACAAACACAGCACCAACCACAUCCAUGUGCCAGCGAAUCACCUCGUAAACAAAACCGGUCUGUUUUACCUCGGAAUUGGCGUAGUAGACACAACUGGACAAAACUGUGUACACUUUGAUCCACCAUCUGGAAUCUCAAGUGAAUGGUGUUUUGUGAGAGAUAUCCGUUUUGAAAUUGCGGUUAAAGCGAUGACGAAAGGCUGCUAUCGUUUUGAAAAUGACACUCGGUUUGGGAACAGAUUCAUCGAGAUUGGGAGUUACCUUGGCGACACUACCAUCGAGUGUGAAACCACUCACCUUAGCAUCUUCUCUGUGGGACUGUUUAAUCUUGACGUGGACACUGACUUCAAGUACCAAUACAUUGCGGAUCAUCGCGAGCAACAUAUCGCUUCAACUAUGAUCGUAAUCGUGAUGACAGUUCACAUGCUCAUCGUAAUGAUAUUUGCGAUCAAUUACGAACUUAUGGAAGGUGAUCAGGGAUUUUUGUUCAACAUGGCUGACAAUGUCAAUUGUGAUUUAUAUCACUACAUAGUAGCUGUUGAGACUGGAUAUCGCAUGUACGCCGGUACUGAUUCCAGAAUUUUCAUCACACUAUAUGGGACUGAGGCUGAUGAAAUGACUCGCGAGCUAAGUUCCCCUCUCUUUGACAAAAACUCAGCUGUCUUCACUUGGGGUUCAACUGCAAGAUUUUUGCUGAAGACGCCUUGGAGUUUGGGCGAUAUCCGUUACGUGCGAGUCUGGGUCGACAACUCGGGUCGAGGACAUCGUGAAUCGUGGUACUGCAACCGCAUCUUCAUCAAGGACUUGCACACUGGCUCGAUUUACCGUUUUCCCAUUCAUGAUUGGCUCGGACAAUGUAUGGCAGAGGGCGCGAGCGAAAGGCUUUCUGCAGCGGAGACGAACCCUAGCAUGCUGAAUGAUUGCAUGAGCAUUCACAUGCUUGCCGAAACGAUCUCGUACAUAGCUAUGUAUACAGGUGGAGGACUUCGUACCCGACAGCGAAUCUCGCGCUGUUCGCAUGGUUUAUCUGUGCUUAUCGCACAACUAUUUCUUUGCUUGCUGAACUGGGCCAUUUGUUCGAUAGAAGGCUACGCCGGACGCAGCAAAUUCGAACAAAAUGCAUUUGGCUUCACUCUAUCCUUGCGAGAUGUUGUCUUCUCAGCUUUCCUCUUCAUCGCGAUUCUUCCAUUCACGUCGUUGCUGCCUUAUAUAAAAUCUCGUUUUGCGUCUUAUGAUGAACACGAUGAAAUCGAAGUAAUGAAACGACGUGACCCUAACGUGAAGCUUCCACCCUGCUGGCCAUGCGGAUGGCGAGAGCUUUUCCACCUUGCAUUAACCUGGAUCGUGAUUGGCUUUUUCAUAACAGAUGUCUGCCUCACAAGUCGCAUGUCUGAAGACGCCUCAACUGCGUUUACUAGGCGAUACUUCAUAGGUUUAGUUAUGUGGAUUGUCGUCACAGAGCCGUUGAAGGGCAUGCUAUGUGCUUACAUAAUUUUGAGAAAGCGUCCAGAUCAUUUCAUUAGUUGUGACUUUGAUGAAGCCAUUUUACCCCUCGGCUAUGGAGGCUCUCUUCCAGCUCCACCUGAAUGCCUGAAAAACAACGUCGUAGGCACGACUGAGAGUGAUCUGAAACAGCUCAAGGACAACAAAGAUAAGAAGACCAGAGAAGAGCUGUUUUUCGAGACAAUGCGUGAUAUGGCGUUUUUGUUGGUCUCACUUGUUAUCAUUAUGGGUCUCGUCUACUAUCACCGCGACAGACACGGCUUUUACUAUCAACAACAAGUACGAUCGCUUCUGAAUCUCGAUCAAAUUCCGUACGGUCCCAUAGCGUUUGAAUCCAUCAAUCAAGUUGAUCAUUUCUGGAAGUGGUCAAAGGAGAGCCUUGCUCCUGCUCUCCUGGCCAAAUGGUACGACGGUCAGAAAGCGUGGGCAAUGCGCGGAUUCGCAAAUGACAAGGUGUCACGAGCAAUGGGAAUCGGGCACAUCCGACAGAUACGCACAUUGCCAUCUAAAUGCAAUACAGCAGCACAACUAGCGAGGUACUUUAGCAACUGCAGCAAGGACAUUUCUUUCAGCACUGAAGAUCGCACUCCGCAAUAUGCAAGAGGUUGGAAGCCAUAUGUCAAAAAAGUGGAUGAAGAAGCGCCUCGGGAAUACAAAUAUCAGACAGCGGAAGAGCUGCAAAGUACAACUGUCGAUGGAAAGAUCAGGUCGUACGAUGGUGGCGGUUACAGCGUACUGCUCAAAGGCACGCCCGCGCAGAUAGUUGAUGCCCUGAGCACCCUCCAGAGAGAUAAUUGGAUUGAUGUGAAUACUCGAGCAAUCAUCGUGGAAAUUUCACUGUACAAUGCGCAAGUGAACUAUUUUGCCGUCGUUGAGCUAGUGGUCGAAAUGCCCGCAGAAGGAUAUCUUCUCCCAUCAUCUUGGGUGGAGUCCGUGCGCCUAAUUAGAGAACAGAACGUAGAUGGUGGCAUGAUCGUCUUAUUCGAGUAUCUCUACAUCUGUUUCGCCGUCUUGUCCUUCCUGAGAUACACCUAUGUCUACAUUGGAAACAUGAUUAAAGCAUGUGCAUCGAUCUCUUCAAAAUGGAACCCGGUCAAAAUAUUCCUAUUUAUAUUUCUGGGGCGAUUCUGGGAUCUACUCGAUUUUCUCGUGGGCAUUCUUGGAAUUUGCUCAGUGUUUGCCUACUUUUGGCGAGAGAAACACAUCAGCAAGGCACUUGACGAGUUUGCCGCAAGCAAUGGAAAUGCGUAUAUUAACCUAUCCAUACAAAGGAACCUCGAGCUCUUUUUCUCGUACUGUGUUGCUGGCGUCGUUUUCUUCAUUUCAUGCAAAAUGAUCAAAAUCCUCCGUUUCAACCGUCGCAUCGCCAUAUUGGCCGACACUCUGAAUUACGCUGGAAUGUCCAUGAUUGACUUCGCCGUGGUAUUUGUCAUUAUCUUCUGUGCAUUCAAUGCAUCACUUUAUUUGCUGCUCUGGGACAAAUUCGAAAGUUAUAAAUCAGUGGUGGCCACAUUCGAAACAACGACGGCUGGAAUGUUGGGCAAAUUUGUUGUCGCUGACAUGUUCAAGAUCACUAUGCUAGCGUCAAUCAUCUUCAUGAUCUUCAUGUACUGCAGCACACUGUUCCUCAUGAACAUAUUCGUGAUGAUCAUUCUCUUCGAAUUCGAAGAAGUCCGCAACGACAGCUCGCGUCAAACGAACACCUACGACAUCCUUGAUCACAUACAAACAAAGAUACUGCGUUCGAUGGGCAUGUUUGGAAGGGAGAACAUGCCAGCUUGCUAUGUUCAAGACUCGAUGAAAGAUUAUGAAAUGCUAAAUACUCUUCAGGCGAAGGCGGAACUGUUGCUCCACAGAGUGCGUAGAUGGCAGAUCGAAGAUGACGAUGAUUUUGUGGUUCCACCGCCUCGUGCACAAGAUGUCCCGGAUCGGCUUAGCUUCGAUAUAUUCUAA